AUGAAAAUCAACAGGCUAUCACAGAAUUCUUCAAAUCAAAAUAUCCUACAAAAUCAAAUCUCCUAGUUAAGAAGACUUGUCCAAGCAAAGAAUGAUGACUAAAAAUAUGUGAAAAAGAGCAAUGGCCAAAAGAGAACCAGCUCAAAAGUAAGUAACAAUGAGAAUAAGGAAAAUUAUCCAAUGAACGGACCUGGUUCUCAACCCAGCAAUAGCGGAAUGAUCCUUAUGGAAAAUAAACUUUAGUAAGAAGAAUUGAAGUUCAAAAAAAGAGUUUUAUCUAAUAUUACUAAUGUGAUCAACAAUUAGAAUGUAAGCAACACACCUUUAUAGCAAACUUAGAAGAUUGAAUUUUAAAGUAAUCCUAAUGCUAAACAACCUCCCAAAUCUCCUAUGAAUUAGUCAACUAAUUUAGCUACCAAGGGAUUGAAAGGAUCGCGGAAACUAAGUUAAGAAGCCAAUAAAAGCACUUUCGACCGCUCGAAAGGCCUAAUGGUUAUUCCAUCUUCAUUUAAAAAAGAAGAAUCUCAGCAAUCAAAUAUAACUUAGAGUGAUUCAAACAGAUCUAGAUCAGUUCUUUAGAAAAUGAUUAACCACAUUCAGUAAGACCCUCCUGCUACUCCAAAAGAUUUUCAGAUAAAGAAAAGAAAAAAUUCUUUAAUUCAAAUACCAACCGUAUCCGUAGUGACUUCUCCAUAAAAUAUAGAAAGUCAUGAAUUCGAUAUAGCUAAGUAACGAUCUCAAUAGCUCUCUGGAAUCCUUGAUUUGGUGAAAGAUGAAAAUGGAUAGAUUUCUUAGUUUGAUACUAAUUCAACUCAACACAUCAAUUUAAGCAAGCAAAACUCUGGUAGUGCCACAUUUAAUCAGCAGCAGAUAAAGUAAAUGAUCAGGAGAGCUAAGAAUAAAAGUUACUCUGAUGUCAUUAGCUCAAGAGAUUUUAAUAACAAAAGCAUGACUUAGCUGAUAACUAAUCCUUCACAUGGUCUUAGCAAUGUCCCCGAAACUGUGGAAGACAUACAUUUCAUGAGAGUUCACGCUAAUAACAGGUAAAAUUAUCUACUUGAGAGGUUUGAGAUACCUUUAGAGGCAAGUUAGAUUUGGAUUAACCCCAAAGAAUUGGAUAACAGAAAAAAGACAAUAGAGUAUUGUGGAGAAGUAUCUUUAUGA